AUGAGCCAUUUGCAGAACUUACUGCUAGAUGCUCUCCUGGGAACCAAGCAUGUGGACAGUGCAGCCCUCAUCAACAUCCAGGAACAGACCGUGUGUGUAGCAUCACCAGGAUUUAAUAUAAUGCCCACUGAUGUCCGAACACUUGUGAAUGGAUAUGCCAAGAACCCUUUACAAGCCCGAAGAGAAGGAUUGUAUUUCAAGGAAAAGGAUUACAGAUGUGUCCGGGCAGAUGAAUCUUCUCUUUAUGCUAAGAAUGAAAACGGUGGCGUGAUUAUUGUGAAAACCCAUCUGUAUCUUAUAGUGGCAACUUACAACGAAUCCAUGUUUCCUAGUGUCUGUGUGGAAGCCACAGAGAAGCUAGGUGACUGCCCAUCCUGCUUAGCAGCUGACUCCUCCUGGGGCCCGCAGUCCGGCCCUCCAACGGUCUGA